CUCAGGUCUCAGGUCACUGUCUUUCUCACUGAAACCACCAAGCCCUCUACAUCUUUAACCCUCCCCGUCGUCACGCUGACCUAACCAUGAUUUGCCUCAAAGCCAUCUCAUCCCCUCUCCACCUCCCGACCUUCCGCCGCCUCACCCCCACCUCCUCCCUCCGCGCCGCCGCCGCCAUGUCCUCCUCCUCGUCCGCGGUCGCCGCCCCGAUCGAGCACUUCGUGCUCUUCAAGGCCCGCCCGGAGGCGGUGGCCUCGGGCGCCGCGGCGGCGAUGGUCUCCUCGCUGCAGGCGCUGGCCACGCUCGUCCCGGGCCUGGCCUACAUCCACGCAGGACCGGUGCUCCGCCUCCGAUCCCCGGCCGCGGAGGCGCUGGGCCCCACGCACCUCCUCCACACCCGCUACGCCACCAAGGAGGACCUGGCGUCCUACGCGGCGCACCCGGCGCACGUGGCCGCCGUGCAGGGGCACGUCCUCCCCAACGCGCUCGACAUCACCGCCGUCGACUGGGUCAACGCCGCGCCGCUCCCGUCCCCCGUGGCCCCCGGCAGCGCCGUGCGCCUCACGCUGGCGAAGGUGAAGGAAGGGGUGGAGGUCGCGCAGCUCGUGGAGAAGGUGGCCGCGGCGACCCAGGCCGCCGGGGACGCCAAGGUGAGCUUCGGGGAGAACUUUUCCCCGGCGCGGGCCAAGGGGUACCAGUUCGGGAUGGUGGCGGUGUUCGACAGCGUGGAGGAGCUGGACGCCGUGGAAGGGGACGGCAAGGUGGAGGAGGCCAAGGCCUUGGUCAGGCCGCUGCUGGACGAGGUGAUGGUCCUGGACUUCGUCGUCGGAGAUGCUCCAACGCCCGCGAGCCUCUGAUUACAGGCUGCAGGGUCUCACUUUCGGGAUUCUGAGUGUGUUGUUGAUGUCGGAAUAAUGGAUAGAUGGACUCCCUGGUCCUGGUCCUGCAGCUUUUCAACUUGUGAUUUGUGAAAUUGGGAAUGACAGUGCAAUGAAUAAGAAUUGCUUCCCUCGAUUAAGGAUCUGUUCGGCACAUCUCCGUCUCUUUAAUCUUAGGUUAGCCUAGUCAAGACGCAUGGCACAUUCGUCAAUCUUUCACUUGACUAGCACAAGUGCACUCAUCCAACUAUAAACGAUGUUCUGCCAUGCC